AUCCCCCUCCCCUAUUCCCCUUCUCUUUACUCCACCACUAUACCUUAUAACAUCAACCACACUCUCCCACUCCUCUCUCUCCCCCCUACAAAACACACACUUUCUCACCUUCUCUCCCCACAAAACACACACACACACACACACACACACACACACAAUGUUUGAAGAAUCUGUGUCUAACCCUUCUUCAAUCUGGGCAUCAAUGAACAGCUGGUUCACUCCAACUGUCCUCUUUGUUCUUCUCAAUGUCAUGAUAGGCACCAUUCUCUUCAGCUCCAACUUAUCAACCUCCCCUCAACAACAACAACAAAACCAAGAAAACCAAGAACACAAACAAGAAAAACAAGAAUCCAACACUCAGAACCACCAGAAUGACCAAAAUACCCCUGUGCUUCAAAAAUCCCCAUCGGUGCUCCAACGCAUCAAAUCUAUCAAUUUCAAGAGUUUUACUGAAGGAUUAGAUUCAGACACAACUGAACAACAUUUGAAUCAAGAACUGCAGUCAGCUAUAGAGACACAAACACAUUACUUGUUUGAUGACCAUGAAACAAUGGCAGUCCAAGCCCAGUUCAGUUUUGAACAAACCCAUCAAGAAUCAGGCCCAUUAAGAGAACCCCAUGAAUCAGAAUCUCAGAUCCAAGAACCCCAUGAAGAGGAAUCAACGGAAGUGGAAGAUGUGGUCCCACAGAGCUUAGAUGAAGUGUACAGUCAUUUUGAGAAGCUCACCGACAGUCAUUUUAGCAGAACUACUUCCGAUACAAAACCGGCCUCCGGCGAGGUUCCAGCGAAGUUGUCGGCGAAGAUGAAGAAGUCGGCGAGCAUGAAGUCCCCUUUUGCGCAUUUCGAGGAGGACGACAUUGUGGAGGCUCGCCGGCCGGUGACUGUGAGGGAACGGGGUGCUAAAGUGACGGCCGUUGACGAAGAAGUCGAUGCAAAAGCUGAUGAUUUCAUCAACAAAUUCAAGCAGCAGCUGAAGUUACAGAGGAUUGAUUCGAUAAUGAGGUACAAAGAAGUGAUAAACAGAGGUGCUAACUGAAAGAAAUGGGAAGUUUGGGGCGGUUUAUGAAACUUUUGUAAGUUGGGGGGUUGUUCUGGAAAGUGGGGAAAGUAUAGUGGUUCUUUCGUAAAACAUUGGAUGAGAUGUUUAGAUCUGGUUCUUGGUGGGCUGUUGUUGAAAAGUGGAAAACAAUCAUUAAAGGGCAUUUUCGUCCUUUUGAUUAUGCAAAGUGUAAUGAAAGAUUAAUGGAGGAGGAGAAAGACCCGGACUUUUUUCUCGAUCGGCAAAGCAGUGUGGUUGGUUUAAGUUAUAGCAGUCACUAGUCAGUCGUGUGUUUUGUAUAUUUGAAGGUGACAUUCAUAUUCGACUUAUUUAGGAAAUAAGUCGUGUAUUUAAUUGUAAACUCCGGUUUCGAAAGUUUUGUGAACCUAAAGGCGAAAUUCAUAUCUGAUUCAUUAGAAUUCAUAUA